UACAAACAGGUGCAUGGCACAUUCAGCUACACUCCAAAAAAUACCACCAAUCGAGCUGUACCAACUAGGACUGGUUAGAUCAUCCAGGCCGCACCAAAGUGAAAUAAUUACAGUGAACCGCUUACCAACAAUUGUCAACACGCAAGAGACACACUGGGUUAAAGUUGUGUGCAAAGUUACCGAUUGGAACCAAAGGUUCUACUAUAUGUCGUGCUCAAAAUGUACAAGGGCAACAGCGGCUCAAAGUGAUGCUCCUUUCUGGUGCAACUAUUGCAAAGAAAGAGUCCAUCCAAUGCCAAGAUGCAAGUUCCAAAUACAAUUGAGCGAUUCCACAGGAUUCAUCAUUGCUACAGCAUUUGGAGAACAAGCUGACUCAAUGUUCUCAAUCACUGGAGAUUACUUAAAGAACAGCAUGCAAGAGGUAUGGGAAAAACAAACCCAACAUACUUCCUCCUUUUAUUAUUUAUAA